UAUUAAGGUUAUUAUUAGGUUAUUUUAAUCUCACCACUCUUUUAACUCUCUCGCUCUCCUCUACCAGUGACGCUAUCAAUAAAGUUUAUAAGGUUAUUAAGCAUCUUUAUCAGCAAAGAGCAUAGUACAUGUAGCCUUCCCAGAAUUUAUUGUUCUCCAAAAAAAAAAAAGAAAGAAAGAAUGUUGCAUUAGGCUGCGGAAAACUGCGUUUAAACACAAAAGGGUGUUUUAAUUCUAUUGAUUUUAUAGAAACAUGUACUUAGCAUUGCUGACAAGGCUCACCAGUUCGAUCAUGAGCUUCAGGUUACUGAAUGUCCUCCUUAUGUCCUUUUGGUUUUCUUUAAGGUUCUUUGGUUUCCUCCGACCUCUCAAAACCAUGCAUUAGGUUUAGGACAGACUAAGCUAAUUUGUUAUGCACUUGGUGUACCUUGACCAGGACAAAAUGGUUUGUAAGAGCAAUGACAAAAUAUAUAUUUCAGGACAAAACAGAAAACACAAUGAAGUUUUCAGAUUUUGGUCAAAUAAAUGUUCAGAAAAUAUGAACAAAUCAUUUGGACAGGAAAUGAAAAAAAAAAAAAAUAGACUAAAAGAACAAAGAAAAAUUUAAUUUACACUGUUACUACAGUCAGUGUUGACUUCAAACAAUUGAUGAGCAGUUAAAACCUGUUUCCCAGUUACUCUUGUUUAAUGUGAGACCUAAUAUUCUAAAAAGCCUUAAAUCAGAACCCUGACCAGGCCAAAACAUGAUCUUAAUUGACUUGGUGGAGCAUCAUCUUCUUGGAAAAUACCACCUGAUCAUUCUUCUUUAGUAAAACGUCUGUGGAAAGCAAACCUUACUGCAAUACUUUCCUGUAUCCCUCCCUGUGAUAGAGAGGCAGUCACAAUUGUAUUCCUCACCAGAUUUUCAAGAGACACCUCUCUGAAGCAUCACCAUCAAGUCCAGAAGUGAUUCAGCACUCUACAAAAACAAUACGCUUAACCACUCUGAAUCAAACCUGACAUUUUCUGCCAGGAAGUCUCAGGAAUAUGUUUGUUUAAUUCUUGCUAAUGUUCUGAUCAAUGAUUUCUGGUUAAGACCGUAGAAAACAUUAUACAGUAAUCCCCCGCUUUCCUGCGGUUCGAAUCUCAAAGCACCCGGUUAAUCGCAAUUGUUUUUGCCACAUAGCUAAUUAGUUUGGCUCAUUUUCCCGGUCUCUCGCGGAUAAUACGAUAGACCAUAGUACGAUAGACAUGGCGUUUCAUGUUGAAAUAAUGAAAUGUAUUAAUAAAAAUAUAAUUAUGAAUUAUUUAAUUAUUUUGGAGUGGCUUCCGUUUGUCGUGUUUUUUGUCGCUGUUUUGGAACGUAACAACCGCGAUAAACGGGGGAUUACUAUAUAUUGACACAGGGGAUGUGGAUCAUUUGGCUGUACAGAAACAAUACAAUUAAAAAAAUAAAAAAGCAAUGUAUUGUGAAUUUAUUUCAAUUGUAUUAACUUCUGCGAUCUUCAGGAUAUUUUAAUAAAAAAAUUAUAAAUUACCAUUUCCAUCAAAAAUAGCACUUGUUUCAGUCAGCACUUGUUUUGCAUCGACAAAUGAAGAACCCACUUAUUCUUUAUUAUGAUGUCACAUUUUUAUGAUAUAUAUAAACUAAUUAAUAUUCAAAUUAUAUAUGCAUAAUAUGAUAUAUACAAUAUUGUGUGUAUAAAUUGCCAAUGGUAAUGUAAAUGAUUUCUGCUCUUUUUAUACACACACACAAUUUACUUUCCUUUUAUUAUUAUUUAUGUUUUUAUUUAUUUAAUUUUUUAUGUUUUUAUUAAUUUAUUUCCCCAUAAUCACCAUAACGGGAGAACUGCAGUACCCAUGAGCACCGAGCGCGAGUGCGAGCGCGGCGCCGAGCGCGAGGGCGCGCGUCAGCGAGUGCGCGCGCGCGCGCCCGUGUUGUGUGCCGACUCGGCUGCUCUGCUGACGUCACGGCUGGAACUGCCCUGUCACGCGCUGUUAAGUAAAAGUUGGGAUAGAGUGAGACACUGAGCGCGCGCGCGCGAGACAGAGAGAGAUAGAGAGUUAGAGAAAAAGAGAGAGAGAGAGAAAAGAGGGAGAGAGAGAGAGAUCAGUGUUGAUAAACACGCGGAUGAAAAUAUUCGGCUCCGUUGCAAAGUUGUUUAGAGGAGCAGCGGAACUCUGCAUGAACACAGACCUAGUGAGAGAGAGAGAAAGAGAAAAAGAAGGAGGAGAAGAAGAAGGAGCGCGCGCGCUUUAGUAAAAGACUUAAACCCGAUUAGGUGUGAAACUCCGUGCUAAAGUUGAGCUCUUUUCCUCCUGCCUGUUGUCAAUGUUGUGAGCGCUGGAGGAGAGGCGGGAGAGCCGGCGCGGAGAGACGGGACAGAAACCGAGCUGUCAAAGCCGAUGAGUAGUGCAGACUGCAGCGGGAAUGAGGAGCUGGACUUCAGGCUGAUCUUCGGUGAGGACGGCCAGCAGCCGCCGCCAGGCCCCGCAGGGGCAGAUGGUCAUAUCCUGGCCUGAUCAUGGUGCUUUCCCACUUGGCUUCAAGACGAUGCUGUAAGCAGAUAUCAGAUCUGGAGCCUGAUGACACCACUUCGUUCUACAUCCUGAACGUGGGUCAGCCUCCGGCAUUGGUUAACCAGGCCCUAGGUGUCCAGAGGCAUGGAGUCCAGCCUCACUCACAGCUCAUCUCUACUUCCCCUACAUUGCAUCCCCUCCACAAACCCUUUGAGCCCAGCUAUGAGUCCCCAGGUUCCAAAUACCUUCCAAGUGAAGGUGGAGGUGGUGCAGGUAGGCCCCCAAAGGCCUUUGAAUGCCCUAGCAUCCAGAUCACCUCCAUCUCCCCAAGCUGCCAGCAAGAGCUCGAUGGGACUGAGGCACACCUUAGGUCCAAAGGCGUGGAUGGUGACUUCCACGAGCGACCGCUGUCUCGGGACCACCUGUAUUUGCCACUGGAUCACUCGUACCGUGAUUCGUCAUUGAGCCCAAGUCCCUGCAGCAGCUUGUCAUCACGCAGCUGGUUCUCAGAUGCUUCAUCGUGUGAGUCCAUGUCGCAUGUGUAUGACGAUGUGGACUCAGAGCUGAACGAAGCGGCGGCACGUUUCACACUCGGAUCUCCUCUCGCUUCACCUCAGGGUGCCCCACUAGAGGAGCACUGGCAACAGCACCAUCACCACCACCAUCCGGGUUACGGGCCACCACUCUCCCACCCACACACCAACUCUCUCUCUCCACGUCAGUCACCAUGCCACUCCCCACGCACCAGCAUCACAGAUGAGAACUGGCUCAGUCCACGUCCACCUUCACGUCCAUCCUCGCGGCCUACAUCUCCGUGUGGUAAAAGGCGCCACUCCAGUGCCGAAAUCUGCUACUCGGGUUCGCCCCAUCACUCUCCCACACCAACCCCGGGCCCUUCGCCGAGAGGCAGCGUCACAGAGGACACCUGGAUCGGAAGUCCUGUAGGUAUGCCACCCUUCCAGUGCUGCACCCCAGACCCUGACAUCCCUUCCAAGACCAGGAAGACGUCACAGGAUUGUACCGCUACGCUCCAGACCGGGAAAAAUGACCUCAGCCUGGAUGAUUCAGGAAAUGUCUCACCUCUUCGUGAUUCCCCGGCUGACGAAUCCAUGCAUGGACUGAAAAAAGAUGGAGCUGGGGAGCAAUUCCUUUCCGUGCCCUCUCAUUUCACUUGGAACAAACCCAAACCAGGGCACACACCUAUUUUCAGGACGUCCUCUCUGCCCCCCCUGGACUGGCCCUUGCCGAGUCAGUACAGUCAGUUUGAACUGAAGAUCGAGGUGCAUCCGAAAGCCCACCACCGGGCACACUAUGAGACCGAGGGCAGCCGAGGAGCCGUCAAAGCAGCCUCCGGCGGACACCCUGUCGUCAAGCUCAUGGGCUACAACGAGAAACCUGUAAAUCUGCAGAUGUUCAUCGGGACUGCAGACGACCGCUAUUUGAGACCGCAUGCUUUCUACCAGGUUCACCGCAUCACAGGCAAAACAGUGGCCACAGCGAGCCAGGAAAUCAUAAUCGCUAGCACCAAGGUUCUGGAGAUUCCACUCCUUCCUGAGAACAACAUGUCUGCCAGUAUUGACUGUGCUGGGAUUCUAAAGUUGAGGAACUCCGAUAUUGAGCUGAGAAAAGGCGAAACGGACAUCGGGCGGAAAAAUACCCGAGUGCGUGUGGUGUUUCGGGUUCAUAUUCCACAACCCAAUGGGAAAGUUCUGUCCUUACAAGCUGCCUCAAUCCCUGUGGAAUGCUCCCAGCGCUCGGCACAGGAGUUACCUCAGGUGGAGAAGUUCAAUUUCAGCAGCUGUCUGGUCAGUGGAGGAGAGGAAAUGGUCAUCACAGGUUCAAACUUCUUCCCUGAGUCAAAGGUCAUCUUCUUGGAGAAAGGACCCGAUGGACGACCACAGUGGGAAGUAGAAGCCAAGAUCAUUCGUGAGAAGAGUCAAGGAUCAAGCAUGGUCGUGGAAAUUCCACCAUACCACAGCAAGAGCAUCACUUCGGCGGCACAGGUGCAGUUCUACGUGUGCAAUGGGAAGCGGAAAAGGAGCCAAUCACAACGAUUCACCUACCUGUCAGUCUUGGUGAAACAGGAGCACCGAGAUGAUUUGGACCCCUCAGUGUCGCCGAUGCCCAUGUCCCAUGCACAUGCUGUUGGCCUGGUUCGGUCUCCAGUCAUGCCCUCUCCAGACAACUCACAUUCACAGGAUGGGCUUCUUCCAGGCUCCCCGCAUGGCAUAGCACCCUCCAUGCACCCUCUUCAGACACCUUGCGCCCCUCUUCACUCACCUACCUUCUCUCAUCUGCCUCACCUGCAGGUCCGAGGUCUUCACCCACCUCCUGAAUGCCAGAUACCCUUCCAUCCAGGCAGCGUGCCUCCCUCCAGGCCGACCUACCCCCCUCUUCAGCACAACCUACCAUUCAACGGCCAAGCUAGUCUACCUGGAGCCAGCUCUCAUGUCUAUGAGCGUGUUCCCUUCCAACCUGAGCAAACUGGAUGCCAUCCUUUGGGAAUGGGUAUGAUGUAUGGCUCACCAGUUUCAGCCCCUGUCUCUGUAACCAGUCCUUCAAGCCCCAGCCACUCUCUGGGCUAUCACUGUGCCACCCCAGCUCAGGUGACCUCGCCUACGCACUCCCUUGGUCAACCUGGAAUGCAGGUCCAGCGUUCGCUUGGCUACCAUCCAGUCGAGCAACGUUCGGCUUCAUGCCCAACGCCCUCUAAUGCCCCUGCACAAAUGAUACCAUUGCCCCACUCGGGUCCAUCUUCUCCUCAGCUGCACUCACUGCCCUACCAGUCACCCACCUCUUCUUCUCCCACCAGCAGCCCUCUGGGUGCCCAGCCCUCACCCCAGGCCAGCAGCCCCGUCAUGACAGGGAUUCCUGCUGCAGGACCCAUGGUGCAUCCACUGGCACCACAGCAAGGCCCAUUUACCAGCGAAGGAGAGAGGCUAAACAUUAAGCAGGAGCCAGAGGACAAAGAGCUCACGUUCCGUUCUAUUGGUCUGCAGGAUAUUACACUGGAUGAUGUUAAUGAGAUCAUCGGCAGAGACAUGUCUCAGGCUCCAGGGGUUCACGGAUCCGCAAGCACGCUCGGUCACUCGUAGCCCGGUGUCCACUGCUCUCGUCCACACGGCAGCGUGUCUGCGAGCCUCUGCGAGCUCCGGAUUCAAGAGAUGCAGACAGACACAGCUCUUCCAUCCACACUCAUCUUUUUAGACGAGAAUCAACCCAGCCAGAGAAGAUCUACUGAUUCUGACUGAUUCAUUUAACAAACCAAGCAUCACUCCAGCGAGAAAGAAGAACUUUGGGGGAGAAAAUAAGCGAUCAAACAAAAACACGCUGGAUAAAUGUGUCUACAAUAAUAAUCACAGCACCUAUUCUGAACCGUUUGUCUUUAUCUGUCUCAGCUUCUUCUCUCUUGCAGUAGUUCUCAGGUGCUUUCUUUGUUAUUGUUUUUUUUUUUUUUUGGAUCAGCCAUCUAAAAAAAAAGAGCAAUCUAUGCAGCCCAUAUGCAAUACAAAAAGAAAAUCACAGACCAAAUGUAGCAUAAAGUAUGUAGAUGCUUUGCUCUGGAUUUGGGGAAUUCGGGAGUUAUUUUGAUGAGUUAAAUUAAGCCUGGUCUCAGCAGCGCCCUCUGGAGGACAAGCUGCUGAUAAUGAUAUGCAACAUUCCACACUUUUCUAGUGUUUUUUUUUUGUUUGUUUGUCUGUUUGUUUUUUCAUAAACGAUCACCCUUUCUCCUCUUCAGGUUGAACAAAUGCCUUACACACCUAGCAGAUGGGAUUGACUGAAAAAAAAAGCUUUCAGUAAACUUAUGUUAUAUUCGUUUUUUUUUUUCUUUCUAGGUUUUCUUCUUCAUAAAGCUGAACUCUGUCCCACGA